GUCUUAAUACUUGAAGUGGACACAGGGCAUCAGCAGGAUGGAUUUCGGGUCCUUGGAGACCGUGGUGGCCAACUCUGCCUUCAUCGCUGCCCGGGGCAGUUUUGACGGAAGCAGCACACCGUCUUCCCGAGACAAGAAAUAUCUGGCCAAGCUCCGGUUGCCCCCACUGUCCAAGUGUGAGGGUCUCCGUGACAACCUCAGCUUGGAGUUUGAGAGCCUGUGCUCAGAGCAACCCAUCGGCAAGAGGCUCUUCCAACAGUUCUUGAAGACAGACGAGAGACAUGUGCCAGCUCUGGAGCUCUGGAAGGACAUUGAGGACUAUGACACUGCUGAUGAUGACCUGAGGCCACAGAAGGCACAAGCCAUCCUGGCUGAGUACCUGGACCCACAGGGCACACUCUUCUGCAACUUUCUGGACCAGGGCAUGGUGACAAGGGUGAAAGAAGGGCCAACUGGGAGCCAGGACGGCCUCUUCCAGCCUUUGCUCCAGGCCACAAUGGAGCACUUGAGCCAGGCGCCCUUCCAGGAGUACCUAGAAAGCUUGUAUUUCCUGCGGUUUCUUCAGUGGAAGUGGUUGGAAGCCCAGCCCAUAGGUGAAGACUGGUUCUUGGACUUCAGGGUCCUGGGAAAGGGGGGCUUCGGGGAAGUGUCUGCCUGUCAGAUGAAGGCGACUGGCAAGAUGUAUGCCUGCAAGAAGCUCAACAAGAAACGGCUGAAGAAGAGGAAGGGCUACCAGGGCGCCAUUGUUGAGAAGAGGAUUCUGACUAAAGUACACAGCAGGUUCAUUGUGUCUCUGGCCUAUGCGUUCGAGACCAAGACGGACCUCUGUCUGGUGAUGACCAUCAUGAACGGAGGUGACGUGAGGUACCACAUCUACAAUGUGGAUGAGGAUAACCCCGGCUUCUCAGAACCACGGGCCAUCUAUUACACAGCACAGAUCAUCAGUGGCCUGGAGCACCUGCAUCAGAGACGCAUUGUCUACCGUGACCUCAAGCCAGAGAAUGUGCUAUUGGACAAUGAUGGCAAUAUCCGAAUUUCUGACCUUGGACUGGCUGUGGAGCUGAAGGAAGGGCAGAAUAAGACCAAGGGCUACGCAGGGACCCCAGGUUUCAUGGCCCCUGAGCUCCUGCGAGGUGAAGAAUACGACUUCUCUGUGGACUACUUUGCCCUGGGGGUCACAUUGUACGAGAUGAUCGCAGCCAGAGGACCCUUCCGAGCCCGAGGAGAGAAGGUAGAGAACAAGGAGCUUAAGCAACGUAUCAUCUCAGAGCCUGUGAAGUACCCAGAGAAGUUCAGCCAGGCCAGCAAGGACUUCUGUGAGCAGCUGUUGGAGAAGGACCCGGAGAAGCGCCUGGGCUUCCGGGAUGGAACCUGUGAUGCGCUUCGGGCAAACGUCCUCUUCAAAGAUAUCAGCUGGAGGCAGCUCGAAGCCGGGAUGCUCAUUCCUCCAUUCAUCCCAGACUCUAGGACUGUCUAUGCCAAGAACAUUCAGGACGUGGGUGCCUUUUCCACAGUCAAGGGUGUGGUUUUUGACAAAGCGGACACAGAGUUCUUCCAAGAAUUCGCCUCUGGCAACUGCUCCAUUCCCUGGCAGGAGGAGAUGAUCGAGACUGGGCUCUUUGGGGACCUAAAUGUGUGGCGCGCAGAUGGUCAGAUGCCGGAUGACAUGAAGGGAAUCACCACGGAGGAGGCAGCCCCUACAGCCAAGUCGGGAAUGUGUCUCAUCUCCUAGCUAAGUGUCAGAGGAAAGCAUGGAGCUGGUUGUAUAAAGAGAGGAAAGUGUACAGAGCCCAGGGGAAGAGAGUGACCCUGGUAUCCCACUCCAACCAGGUCACCAUGCAACUGUGUCUCCAUGUGGAGCAAGCAAGACUUUCGGUCUAGACCCUACAGACAUGACAGUCCUAUUUGUCCUAUUUCAUUCAAAAGAGACAAAAAAGGCCACAGAUGGAAUAAUAAGGUGAAGGUGUAAAUGCUCAAAGAACUUCUAUGUAUAGAUGUGCGGCCAGGCCAGGAGCUUGGUGAUCAGACUCACAUUCAAUGUCAAUCUCCUGGUACUUGGACUUAAUAUUUCAGGGCAGACCUGUUUGCUCCUGGUCAGCUCAGGGUUGCAGGCACUUGUGUACCCCAAAGAGGGCUGUACUUAGAGUACCCACAUGACCCCUCCUUGCCUGGUUCCUGCCUCCUAAGCUGCCUUUACUGGUCACUGCCUGCUCUCAGGGACCCCAAUGUGGGGAUGUUAAGUCUUUAGAGAAUGGAAAGGAUGGAAGGGCCUCUCUCAAGAAGCAGAGACAGCUACCUCUGGCAGCUACGGUCUCCGUCAUCAGUCGACAUUACAUGCGGUGUAUAUCCAAAUUGUCACAGUCACAUCACAUGUGAUGGGGGGCCCAAGUCCUUACAUGUUUUUUUUUUUCCAUUUUUUAUUAGGUAUUUAACUCAUUUACAUUUCCAAUGCUAUACCAAAAGUCCCCCAUAUCCACCCACCCCCACUCCCCUGCCCACCCACUCCCCCUUUUUGGCCCUGGUGUUCCCCUGUACUGGGGCAUAUAAAGUUUGCAAGUCCAAUGAGCCUCUCUUUCCAGUGAUGGCCGACUAGGCCAUCUUUUGAUAUAUAUGCAGCUAGAGUCAAGAGCUCCGGGGUACUGGUUAGUUCAUAAUGUUGUUCCACCUAUAGGGUUGCAGAUCCCUUUAGCUCCUUGGCUACUUUCUCUAGCUCCUCCAUUGGGAGCCCUAUGAUCCAUCCAUUAGCUGACUGUAAGUCCUUACAUGUUAAUGACAUGUGUGGUGGAUGCCUGAGCAAAGCCAUGGCCAUAUGUGGCUAUUGCCUGAGUCCUUACAUGGCCAUUGCACCUGUAAUGAGUGUCUGUGUUCUCAGGCCAUCUUUGUACCCCCCAGCCUCCAGAGCUUUUUGGGAAGGAAGGCGCCCUACACAUACCCCAAAUUUUUGAAAGAUUGCUGGAUGAAGCCAAUACUGGAACACAACACUGGACCAGUGUCCCUAAAUUGUAUGGGGCACAAGCAACUGUCAAGAAUAUGUCAUCAAUAAAACCCAGGCCAGCUGUAUUGUGGAAGGUUCCAGAUGUUGCUAUAGAGGUGCCUUGCACACACGGAUAUCCUGGGGACUAAUGCUGGAUGCUAAAGAAGUCCACACUAGAUUCCUGCUCUUCCCAGAGAAUCAAACACUGUGCAAUUUGGCGCGCUCUGGAAGGGCCUUGGGGAGGUGACUACACCUCCUGGACCAUGGUCUGGGAAUCUUUGGGACCCAGUAGUCAUGUGGCUAAUUAGUGCUGAGAACUGUAGAUAAGACAAAUCUUCCGUCCUCCCUUUCUACUUCACUCCGUCCUCUAGCCCCAGGCAGCACACAUGUAUCAAAUACUUGGAUGUAUAUUUCAUUUCAAUGUGUUCUGGAGCUCAAAUUAAUGUGCUCUGGGUUGAAGACCCUCGAAGAUUGGUGGUCUCAUCCUGGGCUUCACUGGGGCACGGGGUAUGUGUGUGAAAAGGUGAAUUCCAGCAGCCAUAGCUGGUUUCAGGAAGGCCUGGUCCUUGUUAUACACCAGCCCUCAUCCCUGCUUGGUUUGCCUAGAACUCCUGGCAUCGAUGAUGGGGCCUGGUGACUACAUAGGCUCAGAGUCAGGUUCCCCAACCCUGCACUGUAGAUAAAAGAGCAAGAUAGUCCAGUUUAAAUUUCAGACAAAUAGCGAAUACUUUGACAGUGUAAGGUCUCAGCAGUAUUUGGGGACAGACUUAUACUAAAACCAUUCAUUGUUUGUUGGAAAUUCAGAUUUCACCAGAUGAUCUGUAGGUCUUUUUAAAAUCUAAAUCUAGCCGGCCCACUGCAGAUUCACCAACAAGCAGGGAUGAAAUUGUUGGGGGCAAUGCUGCUUUGCUUCUGUGUCUCUUAGGGUCUAAUCAGGAGAGGUCUUUUCUCACUCUGGCCCAUUCACAGACGUAAGCUCGAGUGUUACUCAGAGAGACUCACUUUGGGACCUCCAGCUGCCCUGUGCCUGGUUGUACCUGCAGGUCACUGCUGGCUUCAUCAGAGGUGAUGCUGAGAGGAGAAGGGUGAGUUGCUUGCUCUGUGUUCUCUGGGUGGAAAUUUUAGCCAACUCCUCAUCCUAGAGGUUUCUUGGACUGUUUUUGGGGCUCCGCUGUAGGUAUUCUCUCAGGGACAGUAACCCUUUGCCUGAAGAGAUGUCCCCAUCACUACUGUCUCUCCUCACACCUAGAGCUUAUAGACUCCUAGGUCCUAGAGCUCAAGUCUUGCCUGGACACUGACCCCACGGAACUUCAAUGUGCCCACUUUGAUUCUGGCACUUGUUGGCCACCUUGGUUAUAAUCUCUCCCAGGAAGACAGAGAGCAGAGAGUCAUCACCAAUUACAGGACACCAUGGAUGCUGCUGUACAGGUCUGUUCUAGUACCUCUGCCAAAGAGGACCUCCUGAACAUGGGGAGUUAUCCCUAGGACUGGAAGCCAACUUGGGAGCUCUGUGAGAUGUAGGUUGACUUGUAUCCUGGUCACCAGUGAGCUGUAAAAUGGCUUCACUUAUGAUCAGAGAUAUAUAACUAUGGUAAGCUUCAUUUCUGCAAUGACUCUAAUAAUUCUUCAUCUUCAAGAGGGACCCGUCAGAGAGGCACCUCAGAUAGACAGAGAUGACUCUGGGAGUUGAAGGUCAUCUAAUGAAAGGCAGGAACAUGCUAUGAACAGUAGGGUGUGUCAGCUUCUGCCGUACAUUGGUCAACUGGAUUUGGACUUUAUUCCUAUAAUCAAGGGUGAUGAAAUUCUCCAGCAGGCCUUGGAGCUCUUCCCAAAUUCAAAGUCAUGUCACAAGUGGUCUUGGAGACUAAGCAUUCAAGUCCCUGGCUAUGGUUUGAGGAAGGUUUAGUGCUUUCCUGAAAGUCUAUGUUUUGCAAGUUGUACCUCCAGUGAGGUAGUGUGGGUAGUGGUGGGAACAGAGCCCAGGAACAGAGCCUUGGUCUUCAGGGAAGUGAUUUGGAAAGACUUAGCUAUUUCUGUGGGGCUGUGUCUGGUCUGAAAGAGAGUAGGUUCCUCUACAGGCCUGAGUCUGACCUCCAAGCCCCUUGCCUCCCUGUCUGUCCACCUCUUACACAGCUGUGUGAGCUCUCAGCUGAGCCUGUGAUGCUAAGGCUGUCACUAGAGGCCAAACAAAUGGGGCCACUCAUCUCAGCUACCCAACCUCCAAACUGUGGGGGUAAAUAAGCCUUUUCACAAAUUACCCUGCUGAGGCAUUUUGUUAUAGCAAUGGAAAGUGACUGUCAACUUUAGAAUCUUAAACCGAUUCAAAGUAGACUUCUGUUUCCAGACAAGAUGGUAUAUACACAUAUUGUCGUGGUUCAAUAGGAAUGGUCUCCAUAGGCUCAUAUAUUUGAAUGGUUAUUAGGGAGUGGAGUUCCUUGAGAGUUACUUGAUGGGGAUUAGGAGGUGUGGUCUUAUUAAAGGAGGUGUGGCCUUGUUAGAGGGAGUGUAUUACUGGGCAUGGUCUUGGGGUUUCAAAUACUCAGGACAGACCCAAUGGCUCUCUCUUCCUGCUGCCUGUGGAUCCAGAUGUAGAACUCUGAACUAUUUCUCCAGAUUCAUGUCUGCCUCUAUGCUGUCAUGCCUCCUGCCAUGACAAUAGUGGACUAGACCUCUGAAACUACAAGCAAGCUCCAGGGAAAUGUUUUCCUUUCUAAGCGUUGUCAUAGUCUUAGUGUCUCCUCACAGCAAUAGAACACUCACUAAGAGAGAAGGAAGUUGGUGCCAGGGAGCAGGGUGUCGCUAUGAUAGGCUGGACUGUGCUGCUUGUAGGCAGAAUGUGAAGUUUGGAUUAGAAAAGCCGUGGAACGCUUUUGGGGUUUAAUGGGCCAUACUCGUAGAAACAUGGAAGACAGGGUGCUGAGGGCAAUCUAGAUUCUGAUUCCCAGGUCAAGAGCUUCCAGAGGAGAAGAAUAUUAGUAAGUGGCCUAGAGACUGCUCUUGUAAUAUUUUGGCAAAGAAUGUGGCUGCUUUUUGCCCUUGUCUGAAGAGUCUGCCCGAGGCUAAAUAUAAGCAUUUUGGAUUGAUGGCAUUGGCAGAGGAGAGUUAAAACAGCCUAGUAUUGACUGUGUUGCCAGUCAGUCUUAUGCAGAUCUAUAAGGAAGAGGGGCAAGUUGAGCAAGGAAAAGUUAAAAACGCACAGUUUGAGGAGAAAGGGGCCCCAGAAAGUGUGAUGGAGUCAGAUGGAAUAAAAGGAGGGGCGACCUCAGGACAAGACCCCGCCCAGCUCAGCUUCCAACUUGUAAAAAGGAAUUAAAGAAACUCCGAGGCACCGAAGGAAAUGGUCAACAACAGAAAGCCGGUGCAGAUGUAAUCGAAUGAGGAGCCAUGUUCCAGCCCCAGCAAUCAGCAGCAGAAGAACUCGGCAGCUUCUGCCGCACGGUUUGGCUUUAGGGUCAAGGAUACAAGAAAGAUACAAGGAUACAUGAAAUCCUCCUCCAAAAUUAAGGGAAGCCACUGAGGCAAGGCGUGCAUCAAGGGUGUCCCUUCGAGGAGACCCAGAGAGUCCAUGGCUUGAAGCUGUGAAGGUGAAGCCUGGGUUGCCUUGGAAACCCCAAGAGCUUGGGGCUGCCAGAGCCAUGGGGUACCUGCCAAGGAAAGCUCUCACAUGGAGUGGAGCCAGCCCACAAGGGAGAAGUGUGUGUAGUCAACAAAGCUGGAAGGAGUUGGAGAUCUGAAGAACGCGUUGACGUCAGCCAUAGAGAUGCAGACUUUGGAGCUUGUCCGCCUGGUUGUCUGUCUGUCUGUCUUGCUUUGGUAUUUUCUCACUAUGCUUCCCUUCCUCCCUUUUGGAAUGGUGAUGUAUAUUUUUGUGCCAUUGUAUGUUGCAAGUAUGUGAUCUCCUUUUUGGUUUUGAAUUUUAUAGGGGAUUACCGUUAAGAGAUUGCCAUGAGUCUCAGAAGAGACUUUGACCUUUGGACUUUUAGGCAGUGUUGAGACUGUAAUAGACUGUAGGGACUUUUGAAGGUGGACUGAAUGCAUUUUUGCACUAUAGCUAUACAUCUAUGGGGGUCAGGGAGUGGAAUGUGGUGGUUUGAGUAGGAAUGGCCCCCAUAGGCUCAAUAUUUGAAUGUUUGGUCAUUAAGGAGUAGCUACUUGAGAGAGAUUACGAGGUAUGGUCUUGGAGUGAGUGUGACCUUUUUGGAGUGGAUGUGUCCUUGUUGGAGUGGGUGUGGCCUUGUUGGAGGAAGUGUGUCAUUGGGGAUGGGCUUUGGGGGUUUCAAAUGCUCAAGCCAGGCCCAGUGUCAUUCUCUUCCUGCUGCCUGCGUAUCUGGAUGUAGAACUCUCAGCUACCUCUCCAGCACCACAUCUACCUGCACGCUGUCAUACUUCCCACCAUGAUAAUGGACUAAACCUCUGAACUGUAAGCUAGCCCCAAUUAAAUGCUUUCCUUUAUAAAA